CGCAGGUGACACACGUGAUUUCCUGCGGGCCGUGCGGGCCGGUUAUGGCGACGGCGGCGAAGGAAGAGAAGGACGAGGACAAGGACAGGGUCGAGGACAACGACAUGGAUGCGGCCAUCGAGGGCCGGGUGCGGGCUUGGGCGGCGGCGCAGGCGGCACGCGGGCGGCGCGUGGCGCUGGUGACGUCGGGCGGGACGCAGGUGCCGCUGGAGGCACGCGCCGUGCGCUUCCUGGAGAACUUCAGCAGCGGCCGGCGCGGGGCCGCCUCGGCCGAGCGGCUCGUGCGGGCGGGGUACGGCGUGUGCUUCCUGUACCGCGCCCGCUCCGCCUUCCCCUGGGCCCGCGCCCUGCCGCCGCACGGGCCCGCGCUGCUCGACGCGCUCCGCCUCACCCCGGGGCCGCCACCCGGCGUGGCCGCCGCCCCUGCCGCGCUGCCCGCGCUGCUGCCCGCGCUCCGCGAGUACCAACGCGCCACCGAGGCGGGCGCGCUGCUCGCCAUCGAGUUCACGGGGCUCGAUGAGUACCUGGCGCUGCUGCGCGCGGCUGCCCGAGCCCUGGCGCCCCUCGGUUCCAGUGUCAUGUUCUACCUAGCAGCCGCUGUGUCAGAUUUCUACAUCCCAGUCUCUGAGAUGCCGGAGCACAAGAUCCAGUCCGCGGAGGGGCCCUUGCAGAUCACAAUGAAGAUGGUGCCAAAAAUGCUGUCACCCCUGGUUAGAGACUGGGCCCCUGAGGCCUUUGUGAUUUCCUUCAAACUGGAGACAGAUCCCCAGAUCCUCCUGGAUAAAUCUCGGCAGGCUCUGGAGAAAUACCGGCACCAGGUGGUGGUGGCCAAUGUCCUGGAAUCCCGGAGAACCUCUGUCAUCAUUGUAACCAGGGACUCACAGACUCCCUUGUCCUUGUCCGAUGAGGAAAUAGCACAAGGCAUGGAAAUAGAGGAGAAGAUUGUGAGUUACCUCCAGGGCCAGCACACGGCCUUUAUAGAGAGAAAAGGCUGAGGAGCAGCUUGGAGGAAACAAGGGAAUUGUGCUGCAGAGGGAGUGGACCCAGAGCAAUUGCCUGUCCAGGUAAAUGAAGCAAUCCCCAUGGAACACUGAGGAGGGCCGUCCAACAUGAUUGCUUUUCUACAGCUUGGCCACAGCUGUUGUGGUAUUGUAAAAGAGAAAUACAUGGAAGUGAAACCAUUCCAAAGGAUAUUUGUCCUGGUGUCUCAAGGAAGAAAGGAGCUUGUUCCUGUCCUGUGGGCUGGGAGAACUGGGAGGACAAGAAAUUAUGAAGGUCUGUGUAUAUUAAAAGUUUCUUGAAUCUCC